AGCCGGAAACAACGUGAUAUUCGAUGAAUAUCCAACUCCUGUGUUAUAGCAUAAUCAGGGAACUUAAAUGUGGAACGGCAUAAAGACACCGUCAAAUAACACUAUCCUCGCAUCUCCAUAACAUGCACUUUAUACUCUAAAGCUUGAACGUCUUACGGGAGAGUAAUCUUGGACUGGGAGAGAGGGGCGUUAUCAGGUUCGAGAGUGAAGGAGGCAGGCUGGGCCCCGACCACAGUGCAGGAGGCAGGCUGGGACCCGCUGAGCAGUCCGACUUGAGUACCAGGCUCUUGCAGUCGUGUGGAGAAGACUGGGCUUCGCUUACUGGCCAGCGAGGAGCGUUCCACGCUUAAACUACGGCAUCAAUGCACUGACGUAUAUUUAAGAUAUGAAUGAUAGGGGAUAAUCAAGGAUGAUAAGAGAGUUGAGUUAAAUCACGUGGAUCAGACGCCUGACAGAGACCACCAUUACCAAGAGGACAUCUGCUUCACCAGUCACGUCAUGGACACUGAAGCGACGAGGGCGCUGGAUCAGGCCAACGGUAGCCCGAAGGACAGCCUCGUUGAACAGGCCAAUGGUAUCCCGAAGGACAACCUCGUGGAGAAGGCCACCUCGCAGUCCAACAAGCUAACUAAGGAGCAGAAGGCCCAGCUCAAGGUCCUCUUUACGGAGGAGGACCUACAGGAAACGCAAUGUGGUGUGGGAACUUGUGCACCAUCAUGGCUGCAGAGGCUAGCGACGAAGGAGAUGUACAUGCUGGUGUACAGCCUGGUGGGGGUCACCCAGGGCAUGUUCUUCACAUACUCUGUGUCGGUCGUCUCUACUCUGGAGAAGAGGUUUAAACUCACCAGCAAGGAGACAGGAAUAAUACUGUCUGGUAACGACAUCUCUCAAGUGAUGCUGGCCAUGUUCCUGGGGUACUAUGGUACCUUUGGCCACCGUCCUCGCUGGCUAGGUGUGGGCGCCCUCUUUACUGCUGCCUCCUGCCUCACUGCUGUCCUGCCUCACCUCUUCUACGGGCCUGGCACUGCUGCCAUCACCGCAGCUGAGGCCGCCACUGCCGGCAACCUCCUGUCAAAUCUUACUGACUUCAAAGCCAAAGAAGAGCUAUGCCACUCCAAAAUAGAAGACGGGUGCAAGGAAGACCGAAGCUCUGCAUACCUAGGCUCUAUAUUUCUGCUCUUUAUUGCACAGUUCUUCGUUGGCAUUGCAAUAAGCAUCUUCUUCAGCAUUGGCGUCACCUACCUGGAUGACAACGUCAACAAGAAGUCUUACCCCAUCUACUACACCUUGACGAUGCUAAUAAGGAUCCUGGGACCAGUCUUGGGAUUCUUCAUAGGAGGACAGUGUCUCUCCAUCUGGAUCGAUCCCUCCAAGAAGCCUAACAUUGAUAAGAAAGAUCCACGGUGGCUGGGCGCUUGGUGGCUAGGGUUCGUGUUCAUUGGGCUGGCUCUGGCAGUCACCAGCAUCCCUCUGUUCUUCUUCCCCCGGAAGCUGCCGGCGACGCUGAAGAGAGAAGGCAAGAAGAUGCUCAGACAAGCUGAUAAAGACGAAAGAGAAGGAUCAAACAGAGGAGUUGAGUAUUUCUUCUCCGUGGCCAAGGCCAAGAGAGAGGAAUCAAAGCCAACCUUGAAGAACCUUGUUAUAGCAUUAAAGCGUCUCUUCACCAACAAGAUCUGGGCUGGGAACCUCUUCAGCGUCACACUCUCGCUUCUCGCCCUAUCUGGCUACUGGAGUUUUAAACCCAAGUACUUGGAAAACCAGUUUCGAAAAAGUGCUACCGAGGCUAAUUAUUACACAGGUUUGGCCAGUCUUCUGGUGUCGGUGGUUGGUGCAGUAGUUAGCGGGUCCGUAAUGAGGUGGUUGAGACCUGGACCUCGGUAUGUGACCGGAUACAACGUCUUUGUUACCUUCAUCACCUGCCUCGGCUUCUUGGCCCUCAUGUUUGUUGGAUGCCCAAAACUUGAUGUCAUUGGCCCGAUGGACGGCUUGACGGGGCCUAUGUGUUCAGCAGACUGCGGUUGCACAGAGAAGUUCACCCCCGUGUGUGCCCAGGACAAGUCGACCCUCUUCUACUCCCCGUGCUAUGCUGGCUGCACUCUUGAUAACGUCACUACUAAUCCAAUUAGUUACAGUGAUUGCCGCUGCAUAAGUAAUUCCUCCUCGCUGGCCCAAGAUAUCACCGUCUCCACACCAAUACCACAGGAGGAGUGGGGAGCAGCUACGCGAGGGUACUGCCCUGAGCCUUGCAAUGGCUUCUUCUACUAUUUCCUGGUUGAGAUCAUCACAAAAAGUAUUUCGUCCACCAGUCGCAUUGGUGGCAGCAUUGUCCUCCUCAGGUCAGUGGCUGAUGAAGACAAAGGACUCUCACUUGGUACCAUCACAGUCUUCAUCAGUCUGUUUGCCUUCAUCCCAGCACCCAUUAUAAUGGGAGCCAUUAUUGAUUCAGCAUGUGUGGUGUGGAACAGUUCCUGUGGCGAAUCUGGGAACUGUUGGCUCUACGACUCAGAUAAGUUUAGGAAGAUCCUUCAUCUGGUUCCUGCCGUGAUAAUGCUGAUCUCUGUACUCGGGGACAUUGUUGUGUUCCGUUAUAGUGGUAAACUAGACCUGUAUGGACUGAAGGAAGCUGACCAAGAGAAGACCAAGACACAGGACAACGGUGACGAGCUCCAAGCAUUGAAAGCCGAUCAAGAUCAAGACUGCAAAGUUUAAAGCUGAAAGCUUCAGUUUUCAGAAUGUCUUUAAUAUGAGGAACAUGAACAAAAUAUCCUUUUCCAGUUUAUAACCUCAAAAUACAUAAUGUUUUAAUAUUGCUGUAUAAGAAACAAGAGCACUGGAAAAUAUACACAUGUUUGACUUAUACUAAACAGCCCACAAGGUAGACGAAGUCAUUGUUUAUUUUGUGAUUUAUAAACAUCAGAGAAAUAAACAGGAAUGGGACAUACAAUUAUUUAUAUUUAUAACAGUCAAUCACAUUCAUCUUGUAGGACUAAGGCUUCCAAAAAUGUAAGUUUGAAUCAUUUACACUAAUCAUGCUUACUUACAAAGUCAUUCUGUUAAUUAUGUUACACGUUUAUGCAUUCUCAGGGCUUUUUUUUAGUGAUGUGUUUAACUCUGGCAUACAGUACGAACUGUUACCCAUAUAUGAGAGGUGUUGACUACCAGGAGCACCGGUCCAUGGGUAUAUUUAUUAAAGGUGAUUUCAGGCGUAUGGGACACCUGAGACACAUGUGUUGUGACACUAAGCGCUCGGUGCCAUGAGCACCUCCACAAGAUAAUUGUACUGUUAGAUUGCUGUCGUUGAGGUGCUGAUAAUUAAGUGCAUAAUGUAUAAUAUAAUGCGUUAAUUAUAUUAUCUUUACUGAGAUUGUAUAUAUUAAUGUGCAAUAUCGUAUGAGAUGUUACAAAAACGAAUAAUUUUAAUAAAUACCGGUAUACAAAAUGUACAUAUAUGUUAAAUAAUAUGUAUUAUUAUAAUAUUUCGUCAUGUAUAUUUGCAAAAAUAAAGUGUAUCAACUUAA